CACACGAUGGCUGCUCAGUCCCAGGAUGGAUCUAAGGUCAAUGUCUUCUGUAGGCCUGACCCACCCUGACCAGACAGUAUAAACUCAGGGCAGAUGCCCUGGAGAAAUCACUCGGACGUCCCAGGGACCCAGGAUUUCAGCAGGACAAGUCGCCCACAACCACAGGAAUGUGCUCCCUCCCCAUGGCAAGAUACUACACAAUUAAGGAUGCGGAUCAGAAGGCUCUAUACUUAAGAGGCGACCAGCUCCUGGUGGGAGAUCCCAGUGCGGACAAUUGCUGUGCUGAGAAGAUCUGCAUACUUCCCAACAGAGGCCUGGACCGCACCAAAUUCCCCAUCUUCCUGGGGAUCCAGGGAGGCCGUCGCUGCCUAGCCUGUGUGGAGACAGGAGAGGGGCCUACCCUGCAGCUGGAGGAUGUGAACAUCGAGGACCUGUACAAGGGUGGUGAAGAGGCCACACGCUUCACCUUCUUCCAGAGAAGCUUGGGCUCAGCUUUCAGGCUUGAGGCCGCUGCCUGGCCUGGCUGGUUUCUCUGUGGCCCAGCUGAGCCCCAGCAGCCAGUACAACUUGUCAAGGAGAGUGAGCCAUUGGCCCGCACUGAGUUCUACUUUGAACAGAGUCGGUAGGGAGGCAGGAGGCUGAGUUCCAGGCUGAUCCCCCAAGGCAACCUCCUCCUGCUCAGGAUCUGUGUGGUAGGCAGAAUAACGCCCCCAAAGAUGUCCACAUCCUAACCCUCAGAAUCUGUGAAUGCUUUACCUCACAAGGCAAAAGGGACUUGGCAAACGUGAUUAAGGUAAGGGUCUUGAGAUGGGGAGAUCCUGGAUUAUCCCAG